GUGCGUGCAGACGUAGAUGAGUGUGAUGGUCUGGUUCAGUGCCAUCUCCACUCUCACUGCAUCAACCUGCCUGGGGUGGUACCACUGUGAGUGCAGACGCGGUUUCCAUGACAAUGGCUCCUACCUGCUUGAUGGGAGUUCCUGCAUUGACGUAGACGAGUGCAGCUCACACACGCACACAUGCUGGAACGAGAGUGUGUGUGUGAACCUGCCCGGCGGCUUCGACUGUGUGUGUGAUUCCGGCUCGUCCUGUAGCGGAGACUGUCGUCUUGGCGACGGGCUCAGACUUAGCGGUCAGCAGUGGAGCCCCUCCCAGGACCGCUGCUCUAUCUGCAGCUGCAAGGACGGCCAGAUCUUCUGCAGGAGGAAAGAGUGUGACUGUACGGAUGCGGGCGUGGACCUGUUCUGCUGCGCGGAGUGUGACACAAGGCAGAGCAGUCAGUGUCUCCACCAGAGCGGACGCACGCUCUACCACAGCGGAGACUCCUGGGUCUACAGCUGUCAGCAGUGCCGGUGCUUGGAGGGGGAGGUGGACUGCUGGCCCCUGGCAUGUCCGGUGCUGCCGUGUGACUUCUCCUCAGUGGCGGAGGGAGAGUGCUGUCCUCGCUGUGUGACAGACCCCUGCUUGGCUGACAGCCUCUCAUACGACAUCACCCUGACCUGUCAGGACCUGCAGGGCACCACGCGCCUCAGCGGAGCCACCUGGAGGGUCCCCUCCUCCCCCUGCACCACCUGCACCUGCAAGAAUGGGAGUGUGUGCUGCUCUGUGGAACUGGACUGUCUUCACAACAACUAAAGACCUCCUCUCCUCUGAAGACCUCCUCUCCUCUAAAGACCUCCUCUCCUCUGAAGACCUUUUCCUCUCUUUUCUUCUUCUCCUCUUUUCUCUUCCUCUCCUCCUUCAAUCACUCCACCACUCCUCUCCUAGACUGCAGCACUCAUUCCAUUUGAGGACUCUUUGAUCACACACACACACCUACAGACAGCCCAACACACACACACACACACCUACACACACAGCUUAAAGACCCCAUGAGCCUGUUACUAGACCGUGGAGCCGUGGUGUUUCGAGGGGAGCAGAGGCUUGUAGCAAGGUGGACCCUUCUCUCUCCUCACCCUCAAGAUCCCCAUCCUCCUCGGUCCAGAACCGCUAGACCCUCCAGCACUCUGGCUUCCUGCUCCAGCACUCUGGCUUCCUGUCGCAGGCAGCAGCAGGCACAGAUGCAGCCUGGGUAGUGUUUGGGGAAGGGGGGAAGAGGCGGUGUAGAGAGCAGCGGCCAUCUUUGAUUGUUUGUGAUUGCGGUCUAGCCCUCCUCCUCUGAUCCUUUGUUCCUCACGCACACCGCGUCGCACAAAGGACAAGAUACCUCCGUACUCUGCUGCCUCGUUAGCGUACGCUUGGAUGAGAGAGAGUGUGAGGGGAGGAGGGGAGAGAGAGUGUGAGGGGAGGAGGGGAGAGAGUGUGAGGGGAGGAGGGGAGAGAGAGUGAGGGGAGGAGGGG